CUAUACGUAUGUUGUCGUGAAGGUUGGUCCGUGUAUAUAACGCUGCGUGUUGCAUCAGGAAGUUUGCACUUCUGGCGGAGCCUAUGGUCAAGAUGCACUGCGCAAGCAAUAGCUGCAAUCUCGGCCUGCAAUCUCGGCAUCAUGUAUCUCGCCCCAACCCUGUGGCUGUCCGCAAGUUUGAAUGCAAGGGUUACUGGCCCGACAACUGCGAAUGCGCCAAGCUCCGCUCCGUCUCUGCUUCCAUCUGUUGCCCCCACUCUAUGUGCUCUUCCUGUGGGUUGCGAUGUGUCGCGAGCUGUUCGUCGAAAUGUUCGUCAAACUUCUCGUCAAUUCUCGCUACUACGUGGUCGGAAUUCCCGAACUGGGUUCCAACAACUGUUUCGGAUUCUGCAUCCAUUUUACUAGU